GGGCUGAUUGUGUUCUGAGGAUGCCGCCUGUAUAGGUGGUGAAACGAUUACGUUUUAUUGUUUUAAGUUAUUACGUCAAGCCGGAGUUUUACAGUAUGUGUUCUUCCGGCUUUUGGACUAUUUUCUCAUGCAGAAACCAGCACACCCACAGAAUAUACUCUCCAGAAGGUGGAAGAAAGGCCCAACGUUGGAACGCCGAUGCGGAAGCUCUAUCGGAAGCGUUUGGCGGAGCACUGAAAGGAGGAGUGCAGCUUACGAUGGCAUCACCACGUGAUCUACAUUGGACUUGAAGAAAUGUGAUGUCACAGACAGCAGAAUUUUUUUGUGGAACGAAGGUCUGACAUUGGAGCACCGAUGGUGGUUUUAACGAAAGUGUUCAGAGGCAUCGGAGAAGGAUGACUGCAGUGUACUAAGGCUGCACCCCGCGAUCAACACGAUACUUGAACAUGGCGUCAUAUUGAACAAGAAGGAAUUACUCCUUUCAUCUUUAAAAGCAUGGCUUCGAUACCUGAAUUGGAUCUCGACAUGGAACAUUCACCCCAAUGGGAAGAUCUCAGAAAACAAAUGCACGAAGCCAUUGUGAACAAAGACGAGACUAGUGCUAUACAGUGCCUCGACGCAGCGCCUGCCCUCAAAUUGUGGCUGCAUCCCACUGAAGGUACCUCGGCUCUUUGCGAAGCAGUCCAAAAGAAAAGUUACCGUAUUUAUGGUUCGCUAUUGUCACGAAAAUGCACCACGAAGGAGGACGAAAAAUCAUGGUGUUAUAAGGAUCUAUAUCCGGUUGAAAGAGCCGAGAUUGAACGACAAGAGUCAUUCGCCACGUCACACAGGGACUCCUAUAUUUUUUAUUUGAAAAGCAAGUCAUUGAACAGGACACCCUGUGACGACUACGAGGAGAGAUGGGAGAGGAUGUACAAGGAGCUCUCCAGUGACGACUUAAUCAAGGAGAUUCUCAAAGUGGCUGCAACAGCACCGCACCUAAAGAUAGGAUUCGACUACAACAGUGAAAGCGUGCAACGGAUUACGGGGUGCAGCGGUGCGAAAACCUUAGGACUCGCAUCUUGUGAAGCACAAAGAGUUUUUAUCGCUGGCAGCGCUAAAGAAGCUGUAGCAUGGGGUACGUUUGCGCAUGAAAUAUGUCAUUUGGCACUUUCAUUGGUGCACCGAAAUAAUGGCAAGCCAUAUUUCUGCCAGGAUCAGAAAAUGAAAAUGCGGUACAAAGCCAUUGUGAAAGAUAUAAAGCGAAAGCAAAAUGACAUGGAUGACCUCAUCAAACUAGCUUUCGCCAAGAAUAAGGAGGAAGAACUGAUUGUGAGGGUGCCACAUAUUCUGGCUCAAUACUGUAACGAUUGCAAACGUAGAAUUCUGGAGCAGGAUGUUCCGGAACUGUAUGCUUUUUUCAAUGAUUCUGUCAUCCCGGACAUGCGGUGCUACAUCCAGCAUAGAAUCCCCUCGAUAGAUACAGAGAAAAUCGAAACAGAAAACGCGAGGCUCCAAAGAGCGCUCAGGACAAGCGAACUCAACAUUACAUUCGAUACGGAGGCACUCAACCUCGGCGACUUGGAAAAUAUGCCGCUACUUAUACUUACGGGCCCAGAGCUGAGCCUUCUCGAAGUAAUGGUUCACAAUGCUGUUCAACGUACAGGACAGCCAUACUUGUUUUUCGAAACAAACCAGUGGGACUUCAAGAUCAGCUGCGUCUUAGACGAUUACAAAUGUGCAUUCGUGCUCGUAACGGUUCGUCCGAACGAUGACGCCCAAAAAAUGCUUCAGCAUUUGAGUGUUGUCUCCGAUGUGACUGGAACAAGAGUAGUCCUGCUCGUGGAAGAGAACGGUGAGGCUGUCUUGGUGAAACAAGUGCAAAAAUGUGACUUCUUUGGUAAGAAAUAUGAAGUCCGCAGUGUUCCUGAAGCAACUCUCGCGCAUGUCACGAGCAAAGAAGCACUUUUUAAAAAGGCUCACAUAAAGCUUCAAGGCCAAGAUGCUACUGCGCUUCAUCUGGCAACGGAUUUGGACACCUUCUUACGUUGCGUCGACACAACGAGUUUCUUGAACAUGUGUGCAUCGAAAUACAUUGACGUAGGACCUCCUCUUCAUGAGCUAGAAGAACGGGUAAAGCAUUAUUACGUCGAACGAGUGUGUAGAAGGGCUGUGGAGAUUGACCUGAAAGACUGCGAACUUGAGGACGACAAUGAGGCAUUCGCAUUUCUAGGGUGUCCACCUGAUGACGUUAGAAAAAUUCUUCCGCGCGGUUGUGAGGCAAAAUACAUGAAGAAUUUAGCACAAUUUGAAAAAUUCGUGCUUCUGCUAGAGCCACGUGACUAUGAAAGGCUGUGCAAAAAUCAUAAUUUCCAGAAAAAGAGAGUGCACCUAUUGCAGCUCAAUGGGCCACGUAACGGACUCUUGUGGCUUCAAUCAAAUGGUAGACUCAGUCACCUUCCAUUGACGGGACACAAAGAUUACACAAUGGAGGAGUUCUUGAAGGCGAAUGAAAAAGUGGUCGUCAUUUGUGGUGCUCCGGGGAUAGGAAAGAGUCUGCUGGCAACUCGACUGUGUACAGAAAUCAAAAAUCAACACCGGGACAGUUGGAAAAGACGGGAUCGGUGGGUGCUUUACGUCGACCUUCCUCAGAGGAUGGCAUCUAUUAGAACCAAAUCACCGAAUUCUGAAUUUCUAGCAGAUCUAUGCAGAGUACACAAGGAGGGACUAGAGUUCGCCUUGUUCGAGGAGAGUUUGAACACUGGAAGCCCUUUCGAAGUUGUUGUCAUCUUCGAUGCAUUCGACGAAAUGAAUGAAGAAUGCCGCGAGCGCGUCCUAGAACUUGUAUUGUAUCUGAUUAAGAAAAAAAUUUGUAAGUUGUAUACUUUUUCUCGCACGGUGUUUAGGUCCAAUCUUCAAGACGUUUUGCACACAGUGGCAUAUGAACUCGCUCCCUUCUCCGAAGAAAACGAAGAAGAAUUUCUUAAAAAAUACAGGGAACAUUCAACUACCCGAAACACUGCAGUUUCUCAGCAGAUUCAAGAACUGUACGCGUCCUUGAAGAGGACAAACAAGAAUAUCUUCGGAAAUCCUCUCCUACUUCGCAUGAUGGCUGAGGUGGAGAGUGGGGAAAUUGCACAGUGUGAUGAUUACUCUUCAUUACUUAAAAUUAUUGACACAUCUGCUGGCACAAGUGUGUACACUGUGCACAUCUACAAGAUGUUUGUAGAGUACAAGCACAUUGCAUACAGAAGAGACAAAAAGAAAGAAAAUAUCAGCCUAUGUGCCGUGCAAGAGGACGACGACAACGCGAAGCCCCCAUUCUACGCAGAUUAUGGUCUCCUUGCUAUGAAAUGCGUAUUCACUAUGGACGUAACCUUAUUGGCAACCUUAUUGAAUGAAGACGAAUUAGAGAAAAUAAAGCCCAAUGGAAGUUUAUUAAAGGACGUCGCUGCCAAUCGCCUUAAAGAAGGAUUCUUGGUUGGACUUAACAACGGAGAUCCUGUCUUCGUCCACAUGACAUUCGCUGAAUUCUUUGCAGCUGACUUCCUCCUCCAAAAGGUGAAAGACAGCACGAAUUUCACGUCAAACAAUUCCAGAAUUAGGCAGCAAGUCGGAAGACUGUAUGGUAAAGGAUGUUACGAGAGUGUUACGUCGUUGUUGGACAUGCUGGCGUCGGCGUCCUCUCCGCUUCACUCCGCUGUUAUGAACAACGACGUUUCAUAUUUUGACAAACAUAUCAUCGAAUGGGAAGAUAUGUACAAUGAAGAUGAACUCCAAAGGACUCCGUUGCACGUGGGGGCCCUGCAUGCGAAUAAAACAAUAUUGGAGAGGCUUCCAAUGGACGAUGACCUAAUCAAACGGGAUAUGCUCGGCAUGUCACCGUUCAGGUACUUGGAAGUUCUUUCGCCGUGGGACUCGUCAUACCAAGUGCGUUAUAAAUGGUGGAAUAAUCUGUGGCCUAACCUGUGGCGCCGGAGACGUUGGCACAUGUCGUUGGCGACACACAGACUUAACAUAUUAUGCUCCCGAUGUAGCGGGGAAGCGUUGAAACAUUCAAACGAAAUUGUGAGCAAAUGUGAAUCCUCCGAGGAAAAAAGGCGUCUUGUAAUGCAUGCGAUAGUCACAGCUGUCCAACACAACCUACAUGGAAUUUUAGACGUAUACCUCAGCUAUAUCCGCCCAAGUCACAUAACAGCAGCUUUUGACAGAGAGACCACGGCUAAGCUGGAGGCACGAAUGCUUAGGAGCAAGAGAUACAGUUCAGUGAGUUGCGUACUUGGGGAUCUUAAUAUAUUCAUAGGAAAAAAGAGAGGAACUGUUCCUUUUCUCGCAACAUCCGAGGCUGUCUGCAAAAUGCUGCUUCCUUACUGCGACAUGAGCAUCAGGGACAUGGACGGCAAUACAAUGUUGCACAUUAGUGCGGCAAAUGGAAACCUGGAAACAACCAAGUUUCACCUCCGACAUUGGUGUGUUGAUGUUAUAAACUGCGAUGGUGAAACUGCUAUGCACUUGAGUGCAGCUGCGGGACAUGCAGAUGUUGUCGGACUACUACUUCCUCUUUAUGCGUCAGUGAAUGUUCGGACUUACCGUUGGGAAACUCCGAUGCACGCAGCCACUAAGGUGCUGUCAUUGCGUAGUUUCAAUAGCGAGGAAGAAACUGUCAGUGAGGGCUGGUUGAAGUCAGUAAAGUUAUUACUCCUGCGCAGUCGAAUGCACGACGCGCGUCGCGCCGGUCUCAACUCCCCUCUUUUGCUCGCCUCUGUACACGGUGCCCUUGACAUCGUGACGUUUCUUCUACCUCACGCACCAGCUGAAACGGCGAAUUACGAUAACGUAACGUGCUUGGGCGAAGUUGCAAAACGCGGAUGGCUGGAUCUUGUAAACUGUCCUGUCCCACACUCUCCUGUCAACUCUGCUAGGAAGUUCGUCUCACCAGAAAUGGACAUUUGGUCAUGGUGUGGUAAAAGGAAAGUGUUGCAACAUUUAUUGCCUUAUUUCCGGCAUAUUGACGCUAGCCGUGAACUGGAGAUCAUGGAAUUGAUGGAUGAGAGUGACGACUACCAAGAAAUAAGGUGGUGUCUGAAACUCCUCGUCCUCCAAUUAGAUAUCGACGCUGCCGAUUGUUAUAGUCAAGCACGGCUAUUUCGCAUUACAGAGCUCAACGUAGGUAUGAAGGCUGAAAUAACAUCCAUGAAGCAGCUACAGCAAUAUUCAGCUGGUUCUGUCUUACACCGAUAUUUAGGUUUCGGUGAUGUAGACGACGAUGAAGUAGACGACGGAAUGUUCGAAGAUAAUAAACGAUGGGUGAGCAGGGAUGACUAUCAGAGGGGCACUGGUGAUGAUGAUGAUCAUGCCAGAAAGAUGUUGUUGGUUGCCGCACAGAAAGAUAAUGUCGAAGCUGUGGAGUAUCACCUCUCGCGUUCAUCAGUGUACGUUAGAAAUGAAGAUAAGGAUACCCCAUUGCACUUGAGUGCAAAGUUUGGGCACGCAAAUGUGGUGAAGCUUCUAAUUCCGUUUUGUGCUUCAGUUGAUAUGCGCAAUAAGCAGCACGACACUCCGAUGCACACGUGCGCCCAAAAUGGACACCUAGACGUCGCAAGGUUGUUACUUCUUCGCUCGCGAAUGUGUCCUGCUAGCCUGGAGAACACACCUCUUCACGUGGCCUCUCAAGGUAGUGCCCCUCGCAUAGUUAGCUUACUUUUACCUCACUCCCUCACCAAUACGCGCAACUUCAUUGGUCAAACCUGCUUGUACCUUUCCGUUAAAAAACAGAGGCUGAAUGUUCUCAAGUGCCUCAUCCCACACUCUCUUGUUAAUUGUCCCGAAAUUAUUAACGACAUGUCGCCUGUGCAAUAUUCUUCAGAACAACUCAUGAGGAAAGAAGUGGUGACCUUACUGCCUUAUUCUUGUGAGUAUGGUCGUGGUACUGCGGACUUACCGACGUGGUACGAUCCUGCUAAAUAUUUGGCAAGGCGUUAUCUGCAUGACAAUGAUGUGCUGUGUGUGAAACUUUUGGUACUUCAUUCAGGAGUGCUGCCGAUGCGCUGUCGGAAAGAGAUGCUCCGUGUUGACAGGGGCAUACCACCAGGCCUAGUCCCAAAGCAUCCAGAUAUUUUGCUUGACCGUUCAAAGUGUUCCUGCCUUUGAAGAGUACUCGUUGAGGGCCCACGAGAAAAGUUUCAAAAAUGAACAGGUGCAAACGAACGUGCACUAACACAGAUGUGUCGUUAUCAGCUUAAGCGUAAAAACAUACCAACUAUGCCGUCACGAACUACACCGGAGGCUGCGGUGCUUAAACGAAAUAAAGUGUUUUUCACAUGUUGGA